UUUGACGUUGACGAACAUGUCUUUGGUUGCAGAUUACAGUAGUGAAGAUAAUAUUUCUGACGAUGACGGGCUCAGCCAUGAUGGCAAGAUAAAUCACUCAUCAAGUGGCCAGAAUUCCAACUUGUUAAUCUCGCAAGAUGGUGACAACACCAGCUCUGACAGUGAAAGCGAAGAUAGCUCUAACACAGUCGGAUCCAACGUGAAUAAAACCAAACUGCCUAACCCACUGUGUCAGGAAAAACUUGCAGUGCCUGGGAAGAACUUGGAAAUGACAUCCAUCGGGAUGACAUUGUUCACAAACAGAUACGAACAAGCCGAGUUGGCAAAGAGCUCGAUUCUCGAGAAGCACGUUCAGAUGACUGAAAAGCAUCCUGAAAGGGGGACCAGGCAAGUGUGCUUUAAAUUCAAAAAGGGCACAUGUCACAUGGGAAACAAGUGUCGUUUUUUUCACGACCAGUCAAACAUUGUAAACCAUGCCCUGAAGAAAACGGACGAAGAAAAGUUCUCAGAUCAGUUAGGGCAUCAUUCCUUAAAUCCAGGACAUUCUGUUGGGAUUUUUACCCACGAGCCAGUAGAUGAUGAUAAUUAUUUGGCUGGUAAAAAGAGAAAGAAAAAAGUUGGUGUUUCGAAUACUUUGGUUCCACCAAAGCAGGCAUUGCUGAGGUUAGAACAACAAAGGCAGUCAGAAAGACCGUGGACAAUUAAGAAAUGAGAAACCUACCUCAACAAAAAUCAAAUGAAGCUGUUAAAAUCAUACCGCAAUUGAGCUCACUGGUUCACAUAUUCACCACUCAUGCUUAAAAUGACAGACACUAGUUUUCAAAUAUUACGAUGUAUUUUACACUAUUAAAGCCGUUUUUGAUAAUAUAAAUUAGAUGAACAUUUUAUUAUUUGGAAUAUUAAUUUUUGUACACCUGAAGUUCUGGUCUUCCAGGUUUUUGUAAUACUUCAAAAUACAUUUUUCAUUUAAUUCUAAAAACACACGUUCGUCUAAGAAAUAGGCCCAAUAGAUAUCAAGACUAGCUUUUGUUUAUUUUGGACAGUAUUUCCCCGUUUAAAGAUCACAGACUUUAGCUUCUCUCUGUUAUAACCUUAUCGAAAUGUGUUGCAGGUUUGUAGAUUAAAGGGACAUUCCUCA